GUGACAUAAACAAUUUAAUGGACUCGCCUAAAUGGGUUAAACACGUAUAUGUCAUACUAGUGUUUGUUUACGUUAUUCCGUUGAUAAUGAUUGCGGUAAUCGGAAUUUCUUGUAGGAAAAGAAUAAUACAUAUUAUUUAAACAACUCUCGACGAGCUUUCAUGUUGAUAAGAUAUUGUUAAAUCUGAAAAUAUAUAUGUUGACAUUUUGUUGUUGUUGUUGUGUUAUUGGACGCACCCAUCUUCUUAUUCUGCCAGACAGAGGUAAUAUGAUACUCACUCUUCAAACUUUCCUGGCAUUUCCGUAGUGUUGAUCCCCACGUAAACACUUUGCAUACGUGGACACGUUUAUUCUAGAAACAAAUAUUGUACACGUGUUGACUCGGUGCCACAAGUGGCUUGUUGUGCAAAAAAGUGUAAACCAAUUAUCUGAAAUCUGCCAAUCAAGUCUGAAAGGUUUAAAGUAUAGACUACAGUCUAUUAAUUGUUCACACAAACAAAUAAACAGCAUCUCUGAAACUUUAGCGCUUAACCUUCAAGAUAGUGAAUGGAAGCAGCGAUGUACAAGGGAUGUUUGCUGGUAAUGGUGCUGGCCAGUGCUUCAGGUUCGGGCCACGGUGAGCUGUUUUCUAGCAUGGCCCAUCUACAGACAGCGCUGUAUGCCGAGCGCGACAUUGCGCAGGAGAUCAGAAAAUAUGUGGCUGAUGAACUGGAGAGACUCAACAAACUGACUAGGCUGGCUGAUGAGUUUGAGGACCAUAGCACCACAGCUCUACAGGACCCGGACUACUACCUGGGCAACCCUGUGAACGCCUACCUGUUUGUGAAGCACUUCACACUCGACUGGGACAAGGACAUUGAACACACGCUAAAAAACAACAGCAGGGAUGUUUUGCUAAAUAAGAUUGAAGAAUUACGGGAGUACCUGCCUACAUAUGAAGAUCUGUCAGGGUCAGUUAGUGCACUGCUGCGUCUGCAAGACACGUACCAACUGCAGACUACAGAUCUAGCCCGUGGAAAUGUUGGAGGUGUGGUGUCCAGUCAACUGGAUGCAUGGAACUGUUUCGAGCUUGGUCGUCUUGCAUACAAUACUGAGGAUUAUUACCACACAAUCAUGUGGAUGGAGGAAGCCCUACAGAAGAUGAAAGAAGAGGAGAUGGAGGGUGGUGAUCCUGGAGUUAGCACAGCCUCCAUUCUAGACUACCUGGCAUUCGCUCAGUUCAAGGUUGGCUUGUUCGCAGACUGCUUUGAGGUGGGGAGGCAGGCCUACCUGGGGGAGGACUUCUAUCACACCAUCAUGUGGAUGGAGGAGGCAUAUGAGAGGUCAAUGCUCAAACCCAAUGUCAAUGAGACCGCUGGCAUUAUCCUCGAUUAUCUGCAGUUUGCUCAUUAUAAGCAAGGCAAUGUGUGGAGGGCAUUGACACUGACCGAUGAGAUGCUGCAGCUUGAUCCAUCGCACCAGAGGGCUCGUGCUAACAAGGCAUACUACCAGAAGAUGCUUGAGAGCGAGGAGAAGGACUCUCGUAGGCGAGGUGAUGAUGGAACGGUGGUCAACAAGCGACAGUUGGAUGAGUAUCGCAGUGGGGAGGAGUACAAGAGAUACGAGGCACUCUGUAGGGGAGAGGACUUAAAUCCAAUCAAAAAUGCCCACAAGCUGUACUGCCGCUACCACACCAACAACCAUCCCCUGUUGCUGCUGUCUCCAGUGAAGCAAGAGGUCAUUUAUCUGAAACCAUUUAUUGUCCACUACCAUGAUGUCAUAACAGACAGAGAGGUGGAGCUUAUUAAGACCCUUGCAACACCAAAGCUUGGUAGAGCAACAGUUCACAACCCAAAGACAGGAAAACUGGAAACAGCCACUUACAGAGUCAGUAAAAGCUGCUGGCUGUCAGGCUUUGACUCGCCCAGGAUUGACAAUAUCAACAGGCGCAUUUCUGCCAUCACUGGUCUCAAUGUGGAGACUGCUGAAGAGCUCCAGAUUGCUAACUACGGCAUCGGAGGACAGUAUGAACCUCACUUUGAUUUUGCUAGAAAAGAAGAAAAUGCGUUCAAAGAGCUUGGUACAGGAAACAGGAUAGCCACGCUUAUGUUCUAUAUAUCUGAUGUACAGGCAGGUGGUGCGACUGUGUUUCCCUACCUAGGUCUGAAAAUGUUCCCCAAGAAGAACUCUGCUUUAUUCUGGUAUAAUCUGUAUAAAAAUGGAGAAGGCAUCUACGACACCCGUCAUGCUGCCUGCCCUGUGCUUGUGGGGUCUAAGUGGGUGUCCAACAAAUGGAUCCACGAGAGAGGGCAGGAGUUCCUCAGGCCAUGUGGACUCAGGGAGAAGGAGUAAUUGUUAUUGACACAGAGUUGUUUCCCUUGUGCCAUUUUCUCAUGCUUAGGCCAAAAAUGUAAAUAAUCCUGUUUCUGGUCCCUUAUCAUUGUAUGCCCCCCUUCAAAGAAGAUUGGGUAUAUUGCUUUGCUGGAUGUUGGUCUGUCGGUAGACUAGUUAGUUUCCGAUCAAUAACUUGUCAAAUAUUUGACAUAUUGGCUUGAUACUUCACAUGUGCAUUGGCCUUGGACAGUAGAUGACCUCUAUAAAAAUGGGGGUACUCGGUCAAAAGUCAAGGUCACCGUCACAAUAAGUUUGCAAAUCUUUUCCGAUCAAUAGCUCGUCAACAAAUUGACCGAUUGGCUUGAUACUUCACAUGUGCAUUGGACAGUAGAUGACCCGUACUAAAAUUGGAGUCAUUAGGUCAAAGGUCAUGGUCACUGUCACAAUAAGUGGGAAAAUCGUUUCCUAUCAAUAAAUCAUCAACGAAUGGACCAAGGGCUUGCUACCUCCCAUGUGCCUUAGCCUUGGACAGGAGUUGACCCCUAUUGUAAUUGGGGUCACUAGGUCAAAUGUCACUGUCACAAUAAGAAAAUUGUUUUCGAUUAAUAACUCAUCAACGAAUCCACCGAUUGGCUUGAUACUUCAAAUGUGCAUUGGCCUUGAAAAGUAGAUGACUUCUAUUGAAAUUGGGGUCUUUAGUUCAAAGGUCAACGUCACUGUGACAUUAAGUGUUUAAUUGGUUUCUGUUCGAUAUGUCAUCAAAGGAUUGAGUGAUGGUUGUCAAGGCCAUGUUUAGGGGGCAUCUGUCCCCAACCGCGGAGCUUUUGUUUUAAAUAUUUUUUUGUAUGCAGUUCAGUUGAUCAUUACCUUUUAAUAAUAUGCUUUUAAGGUUAUAAGGUUCCUUUAUUUUUUUGGAAAGAGGCCAUAAACAGAUUUAUUAUCCCUCGCCAUAGGCGGAGGGAUAUUGUUUUGGCGUUGUCCGUCCUUCCGUCCGACCGGCACUUUUGUGUCCGGAGCCAUAUCUUGGAAGUGCUUUGGCAGAUUUCAUUGAAACUUGGUAUGAGUAAAUAUAUGGAUAAGAGGAUGAUGCACGCCGAAUGGCAUUGUACACCAUCGGAUAAUAACGGAGUUAUGGCCUAUGUAUCUUGAAAAAAUGCUUUUUUGUGUGUACGGAGCGAAAUCUUGGAAGUGCUUUGAUGGACUUUAUUGAAACUUGGUAGAUCUAUGAGUAUAUAUAAAUUAUAUAUGGAUAAGAGGAUGAUGCACGCCAAAUGGCAUUGUACACCAUCGGAUAAUAACGGAGUUGUGGCCCUUUGUAUCUUGAAAAAAUGCUUUUUUGUGUGUCCAGAGCCAUAUCUUGGAAGUGCUUUGACGGAUUUUAUUGAAACUUGAUAUGAGUAUACAUAUGGAUAAGAGGAUGAUGCACACUGGCCUUAUCCAUCCGUCCAGAAUAAUUUUGUGUCCAGAAGUAUUAUGGCGGGGUAUAUCAAUUCAACGAAUUUGCUUGUUUAUUGCUUUCUUUUGAUGUGGAUUAUGUUAUGAAACAGUGUAAUACGGACAAUUGACUGAUUAUAUUAUGUGUUUUGUGUUCAAGGAGUUGAGAAAAUCAGAUUUUCCAGAUUUAUGAUGUAUAGCUUUCAUGUUGAUCUGUGGACUCCACCUCUAAUUUUCUUGAUGGAGCAUGUAUUAUCUUGAUACAGUUAAUCUCUAUGUGAUACUUUUAGCACUGUAACAUACUUAGGGAGGAUUUAAAAUACUAAAUAGGUAUUAAGUAUUAAUCAGAUUUUUCAUACAAUGGUAAUAUACAUGCAAUAUGUUGUAAUGAGUUGUAUACAGAUUUGUAUAUUUUACAAUAUUCUAUGCUUAUGGAAAAUAACGAGACACAUGUGUCUAUGCACUAACCUUUGUUUUUGUAUGCAAUGUGUUUAUGCUUUAAUUGUUUGUUUGACAUGAUAUACAGAUUUUUACCACUUAUGAUUGUUUCAAAAUUGCUUUUGAGUCUCAAGAUUAUUUAGCUUUUUGUGCAUUAUGAAUUAAUAUUUGAGUUUUUGUUUAAUUUUUAGCAUGUUAUAUAUAAUGAAAUUAUCGUGUUAGCAGACACCAAAACAUACUUUUGUUGAUUGAUAUCAAAUAGGAUUACAAAAAAGCUAGAUAUAUUCAUUUUUUCAAAAUGUAUGCUGUAUGUUGAACAGUUUGUAAAUGCUGACAAAAACACAUUUGUUCUCAUUCCCCAGAUUCAAACAGCCUGUUGACAUAGUUCCGUCCGUCUUUUUUCAGUGUCAAAUACUUACGUUGUCUACUGAGGGUUUGUACAUUAAGUCUGACAUUUGGGUUAUCUGUUAUCAACUAUUUAUUAAACCAGUAUGUGUCAGGAUUGAAAUACUUUUGUUGUACAUCUUAUUACUGCCUGUCAUUUCAUUGAUUUUGCGGCUUGCCUAAACAGAAUUAUUGUAUAAACUGUUAAUUUGCUAUUGCCCCACAGUAUGAAUCUCAAUGUAUAUUUAUCUGCCAUGAAUUCUUGUAUAACACAUGGUUAUGAUCGCAUAAUAAACAUUUUCACGAAAA